GGUGCCGUGCCUGUGCAGCAGUGCAACCUGUCUGAUGUGCAGCUGCUGUCCAAGCACCAGGAACUCCACGGUGACCAGGAUCAUCUAUGCCUCCAUCUUGCUGCUGGGGACCAUCGUGGCUUGCAUCAUGCUGUCGCCCGGAGUGGAUCAGCAGCUAAAAAGGAUCCCUGGUUUCUGUGAAGACGGAGCUGGCUCUUCUAUCCCCAGCCUGCGGGCUGACGUCAACUGUGAAAUGUUUGUGGGCUAUAAGGCAGUGUACCGCAUCUGCUUUGGCAUGAGUAUGUGGUUCCUGGGGUUUUCCAUUCUGAUGAUUAACAUCAAGAACAGCAGAGACCCCCGUGCAGCCAUUCACAAUGGAUUUUGGUUCUUUAAGUUUGCUGCCUUGGUGGCAGUGACAGUCGGUGCCUUUUACAUUCCUGAGGGGCCUUUUACCUACAUGUGGUUUGUUGUGGGCUCUGGUGGAGCUUUCUUCUUCAUUCUGAUCCAGCUGGUGCUGCUGGUGGACUUUGCUCACUCCUGGAAUGAGUCCUGGGUGGAAAAGAUGGAGAGUGGCAACUCCAGGGGCUGGUAUGCAGCUUUGCUGACGGUCACAAUCCUCAACUACACCAUGUCAUUAAUCGCCAUCGUUCUGUGCUUCGUCUUCUACACCAAGCCUGAUGGAUGCGCCCUCAACAAGUUCUUCAUCAGCUUCAACAUGUUACUCUGCAUUGUGGCCUCUGUUGUCUCUGUGCUGCAUAAAGUUCAGGAGUCUCAGGCACGUUCAGGUCUUCUGCAGUCCUCCAUUAUCACCCUUUACACCAUGUAUCUGACCUGGUCUGCCAUGACCAAUGAGCCCGAUGAAGCAUGUAACCCCAGCCUCCUGAGCAUCAUCCAGCAGAUUGCUGUCCCCACCGAGGCCCCCCUGGAGAUAGAGAACCAGACGGCUGUGGUGAUCAUCGGGCCAGAGGAGCCUGUCCCAACGUCCCCGUACCUGCAGUGGUGGGACGCCCAGAGCAUUGUGGGGCUCGCUAUAUUUGUCCUGUGCAUCCUCUACUCAAGCAUUCGUUCGUCCAGCACCAGCCAGGUGAACAAACUGACCAUGGCCUCCAAAGACUCCACCAUACUGGCUGAGGGCGGCAGCAGCACCGACCUGUCAGAGGAGUCAACAGGACCCAGGCGGGUGGAGGACAAUGAGCGGGACAUGGUCCAGUACAGCUACUCCUUUUUCCACUUCAUGCUCUUCCUGGCCUCCCUCUACAUUAUGAUGACCCUCACCAGCUGGUACAGCCCUGACGCAGACUACACCAUCACCAGCAAGUGGCCUGCAGUGUGGGUGAAGAUCACCUCCAGCUGGGUGUGUCUAGCGCUGUACAUCUGGACCCUGGUGGCCCCCCUGAUCCUCACCAACCGGGACUUCAGCUGAUCAGUAACUCCACCUGCUGCUCCACUCUGUCCUCCACAAACCUCCUUCUUUCUUUCUUUUUUUCUUUGCAGAAAUUCUGAUCAUGUUGCCAAUAUGUUCCUUUUAAAAUGGUCUCACAUUUUAACGUUUUAGCAGGAGUUUAGUUUGUUUAUGAAGUUAAACAUCGGGUCUGAUUCAGGGGUGCCAUAACAGCUGCUUCAGGUAUUUACAGUAGUGAUUUCAUACCAUCACAUAGCAGCAGCUCAUUCAUUGCACAGGACAAUCAUACAUUUUCUACUGAGGCACAAAAACACAGCGAAGAGAAAACAUUCAAUGUGCUUGUCUGCAUUUAUGUGAGCAUUAACCCUUUAAAACUUGAGCAAAUGUGCUUGAUUUCUAUGAAAAACAUGGAAAGACGGCAACGAACGACUUCACCAGAAAAGACCCCAAAAUAAGCAAGACAUUAGUAAAAAGUUACAAGAAAAUUAGGUGGGAAAAAAAGUAUAGUGCAAAACAAGGAGAUGACCAGAAAGAAAUGCUAUAUAUAUGCUAUGUAUAUACACACGCAUAAAAAUAGUGAUAUUUUUUCCCUGUAAUCUCAUUUUGAAUAUAUGAUUAUAAUGUUAUUUAAUUUAGUUUUCUUGAUACUUUUCCCUUGUUAUUUGACAAUUUUCUAAAGAUUCUCUUAAGGUAGAAGGCAGAUUUAUUUGCGAUCUUAAAUGUGGUUUAAGAAAAAAUGAAAUUAAAGUUAAAUCCCACUCUCUCUCUUUUAGUUAAC